UUCUCCUCUCUGUUCUUCACCGAGCCCUCCAGAAGAGGAGAGAGAGACAGAGACACAGACUCCGAAUCAUUCCGCGUCAUUGGAAUUCUCUCUCUCUAUCUCUCUCUCGAUUUGACCUCACAUUGAUUCAUCUGCAUUCUCCUCAGAAUAAUCGGGGUUCAGAUUCUCGUCUCGGUGCUCAUUUUCUCGGGAAAGAUUUGGGCGAGAAAAUUGUCACACACACAUUCGGCCUCAUUUUGGGGAAAGAUCCGGGUCUUCACCUUUGGCAGGUUCAACUUUUUCAUUCCCCUGUUUUGUCACUUUUCCCUGAAGGAAAUCAAAAUUUUAAAAAAAAAAAACAAAAAAGGGAAUAAAAACCUCUGCCGGAGCUAAUUAUUCUGGUCACCGACCGGCAAUUUCGUGCGGUUUUCUUCAACUCCAAGAUUAGGAUAUUGAUAAGCUCCAAUUUGUCUUCUCCAAGACGUCACCGACUAAAGUCUCUUAUAGAAAAGCUUUGUAAUGCUGGGUCACCUGUUUGUAAAACAGGGUGUAAUAGCCAUUGGUUCAAUUCGGUAGCUUCAAAUUCAAACGCAGAUCGCUGAGACUCGCAGUCGCAGCAGCUACGAGAGAUCUAAGCUUCGUUUGACUUCAGGAUUCAAUUCACCCGCAGUUUGUCUCGCGUCACGAAGAUGAUGAAGACAAACGGAAUCUCAGGCGAGCCGCCGGCGGCGGCGGAAUGGGAGAUGAGACCCGGAGGAAUGUUAGUUCAGAAGCGAAGCGCCGAGUCGGAUCGGAACUCGGUGCCGGCACCGACAAUCAGAGUUAGGGUUAAAUACGGGUCAACCUACCACCAAGUCAACAUUGGUUCACAAGCUACAUUUGGGGAAUUGAAGAAAAUGCUAUCUGGGCCUACUGGUUUACACCACCAAGACCAGAAACUGUUCUACAAAAAGAAAGAGAGAGAUUCAAAAAUGUUCCUGGACAUAGCAGGAGUGAAGGACAAGUCCAAGAUAGUAUUAGAGGAAGAUCCAAUUAGUCAAGAAAAGAGAUACUUAGAGAUGAGGAAAAACGCAAACAUGGAGAAAGCUGCAAAAUGCAUCUCACAGAUCAGCUUGGAUGUAGAUAGACUUGCAGGCCAGGUGGGUGCUCUUGAAUCGAUUAUCAGUAAAGGGAAGAAGGUUGCAGAAUCGGAUGUGAUUAGUUUGAUUGAGCAGCUGAUGAACCAAUUGCUUAAAUUGGACGCUAUAAUGGCUGAUGGGGAUGUCAAAUUGCAGAGGAAAAUGCAGGUGAGAAGAGUGCAGAAGUAUGUGGAAACACUGGAUAUGCUGAAAGUCAAGAACUCACUGCCACAUAACAAUGGAGGUCCCAAGCAUAAUAGCCAACAAAAGCAAAGACUUGCCCCAGUUGCAGAAGAGCAACCACAAAGGCACUCAAACUCUGGAGUGGUAGUCACGACCAAGUGGGAGACGUUUGACUCUGCCCCGUCACCAUUAAUCCCCGCCACGUCAGCAUCCGCUUCCAUGUCAGUCACCAAUAAUAAUUAUAAUAAUAGUAAUAGUAAUAAUUCGGUUCGUCCCAGGUUCAAUUGGGAAAUAUUCAACUAAAAAAGAUUAAUAGGAGUACCACGUAUUUUGUUGAUGAGGGUGUGGAGUCUUGGGGUGUGGCAUUUUGUUCUUUAUUCUUUUCUGUAUUUAGAUCACUUCACCAAACCCCUUUCCUUUGUCAAUUAGCUCAUGCAGAGGAAAUCAAAUUAGAAUAAUUGGGGUUGAUAUGUUAUAUGAAAUGAUAGUGAUAUUGCCAUAAAAUUUGUACCCCUUUUGUGAUAUGGCUAUCAUUUGUAUGGUCCAAUUUUUGUUUGUCAUGUAAUAUAUAAUAAUAUAUGUACUUGUAGUUUCUCUUAUUGUAAAAUUGGCGCAGCCA